AUGGCUUCUCCAUUGCCAUUGAUCUUCUUACUCUUCUCCCAUUUCUUCAUUUCCGGUGUUAGAUCAACGAGCUUCAUAAUGGAGAACAAAUGCGAAUACACAGUAUGGCCUGGGAUUUUAUCAAACGCCGGAGUUCCUCCACUUCCGACUACCGGAUUCGUACUUCAAAAAGGUGAAGAGCGUACAAUCAACGCUCCGGUUUCAUGGGGCGGUAGAUUCUGGGGAAGAACACUCUGCUCCACCGACACUGACGGAAAAUUCUCAUGUCUCACCGGAGAUUGCGGAUCUGGAAAACUCGAAUGCUCCGGAUCCGGAGCCGCACCACCGGCUACACUAGCCGAGUUCACACUAGACGGAUCCGGUGGUUUAGAUUUCUACGACGUGAGUCUCGUCGACGGUUACAACGUCCCGAUGCUCGUCGUGCCUCAGGGAGGAUCGGGGCUUAACUGUAGCAGCACCGGGUGCGUCGUGGAUCUGAACGGAUCUUGUCCGUCGGAGCUGAGAUUGACGAGUGUAGAUGGUGGGAAACAGACGACGACGGGAUGCAAAAGCGCUUGCGAAGCUUUCCGAUCGUCGGAAUAUUGUUGUAACGGCGAUCACGGUACGCCUGACACGUGUCAACCGUCGUCUUACUCGUUGAUAUUCAAAAACGCGUGUCCACGUGCUUACAGCUACGCCUACGAUGAUCAGAGCAGUACCUUCACAUGCGCCAAAUCUCCUAAUUACGUUAUCACUUUUUGCCCGUCUCCAAACACCAGUCAAAAAUCAUCUCAAGAUCAGAGCCAAGACCCGAAAGUGACGACACCACCAGGGACGUCGACAACACCGGCCGGAGACAGUAGUACCUCUUCGUCGCCGGUAGAUACAUCGAUGAUAUACGAAGGAGCUUUAGACCAGAGUAAAGCAUCACCGUCCACGUGUCGACAUCUUUCGUUAAGUGGAAUCACAGUCACUCUCGCGCUGGCCUUUUGUCGGAUGUGGCGGCUCUUUUGA